CCUGCGGGUGGCCGAAUGGAGACCCGGACGGAGGACGAGCGGUUGGCCCGCCGCCCGACGCUGGCCUCUUCCUGGGAUGCGGCAGGCGGGGCCCUGGACCAGCGCCUCCGGGUCUCCGCAGCGGGACUGGGCGGCCGGGACCUGGACUGGGACGAGCUGCUGGCGCCGCCGGCCCCGGGCCAGGAUCUGGCGGUGCUGAAGCGGAGCCCGGGGAGCCGCGGCGAGGAGCCCUGCUGCCUGCACCUGGCCUGCGACCCCGACGGCGGCGCGCAGGUCGGGGCGGUGGGCGUCCUGAGCUCGGCCCGGAACAUGGAGGUGUACGUGGGCGCCGAGUACUGCGGCACCGGCAGGGGCAGCAGCGUCGGCACCGUCCUGGACCGCAGAGAACAUGAAAACAUUAUCUUAUACAAAAAAUAUCUGAAAUUGGAGUCCUCCGCACAUGCUUGUAAAGUAAAGUUGCUGUCCUUCGGUGAAAAGCAGUGUGUGUUCGUCAGUCACGUCGUGGUGCACGUACAGCCCGUUUCAGCAAAUUCCUCAGCGAGCUCCCCUGCUCUGGGGUCCAGGGUGGACCUGGAGAGGGUCCAGACCAUGGUGGAGUCCAUGGGGUCACCGUUGUCACCUGGAGCUCAGCAACUGAUGAGAAUGGUUAGAUUCCAGCAGCAGAGCGGCGUCCCCAUCGGAGAGCAGCUGCAGUCGGUGUUGGGAAAUGCUGCGCAGCGGAUGGCGGGUCUGCAGUCGUCUUCGCCCCUAGGGGCCAUGGACGGGUUGUCCCCCAGCCCUUCCCCCUGCAGAGCUGCGUUGCCCGCGGGAAGGCUGGAGGAAGGCCUGGCAGCUGGCACUGAUGGGCGGUCAGGCCCCCCCGGGGAGGCACUCAGGACAGCCCUCGGGCAGUGGGAACCUCUGCCACAGGAGCGGGCUCUUCCUCCGAGCGCCCGUGAGCACGCGGUGUCUGCCUUGGUCCCCGAGCGAGCCGGCGGCCGCUCCGGUCCCCCGCCGGCGGACGUGCUGUCUCUCCUCCAGAGCCUGUGUGGCCAGGCGAGCCGUCUCCGUGUGGAGCCCCACCGCGAGUGGCCGGGACCCGGCCCCAAGCCCCGGGACGGCCUCGUGGAUGCUGCGAUGGGAGAACAGCCUGUGUGCUCCUACUUGGAAAAGAUUCUCUCUAAGAACAUGGAACGGCUGGAGAAGCAGCUCGCAGACUACAUUGACCAGCGAAUAUAUAGACUCCAGGAGCACUUUGAUAAUAAGAUUGCUUUGUUGAUGGACUUGCUGCAAAGCCCCAGCUCGCCACCCCAUGGGCUGCCUCUCAGACAUUACGACUCUGGAGAGACUCUUUCAAAUGGGGAGCGAUAAGUGCUCAGCAGGCAAGGUGCCCACAGGUGUUUCUUACGUGUUGACGACAAAGCUGAGACCCGCAGCUCGAACCGGUGCUCAGUGUCCCUGCGGGAACGUGACCUCAGCGUCCACUGUGCCUGCGCUUGUGACUGCAGACCCGGUGCUGUGGGUGAGCGUGAGCGUGAUGGGUCCGAGUUACCUCGUUUGCACCGUGUUCACUGGACAGAAAUGUACGUGCCCGUCUGUGUUGUGUCGGGGUUUAAAAUCUUUAGGGAUUUCCGUAUGGUUUGUUAGUGCAUAUUGGAUAUGUAUUUGAACUAUUGUUUUUAUUUAUUAUUUGACCUUAUGUUUUAGGGAUAUGGAUACUUGCUUAGAGUAUUUGAUUUUUUUUUUCUUUUUCAAAUUGGUUAUUCUUGGAAAAUCUGGUGCUUAUGACUUGCUACCUUUAAUUUCAGAUCACCAAAUUAAAUUUCAUCUUGUUUAUCUCAAUACAAACUGGAAAGUGCUAUUUGACCUUUGUAAAAUUAGUUAAAUUAGGGUCAUUUAUUUCAUUUUCUGUCAUAUUGUGGCUAUAAAUAGGAAAGUAAAAAUCAAAACUGGCCUAUUCUUUGUUAGAAUUGUUUCUUUAGAUUUAGUGAUUGAUACUGAACAAGAGAAGUU